CGCGAUGGGCGGCUCUGCCGCGGGGCGGCGGCGCGGCGUGGUCAGGGCGGGGCUCACGGACAGACGCAUUGUCAGACCCAGGCUCGCAGGGCCGGCGAGGGGGCUAUAGCGCCUCCAGUCGACCAGGAGCUCCCAGAGGGCAGGGGGUUGUCCCACCCACUCUGUGCCUUGCCCCAGCCCUGGCCUGAGUUGAAUCGAAGACCAGCUGCUCUCCACUUCCCUGCUCCCACUCUGCCCUCUCACCUCCAGCCAUGGCGCCCCUGCUCGCCCUGUUCCUGGUGGCCUUGGUGGGCCUACCUGUGGCCCAGGCUCUGGACUGCCACGUGUGUGCCUACAAUGGCGAGAACUGCUUCAACCCCGUGCGCUGCCCGGCCAUGGUCACCUACUGCAUGACCACGCGCACUUACUACACCCCGACCAGGAUGAAGGUGAGCAAGUCCUGUGUGCCCAGCUGCUUUGAGACCGUGUACGAUGGCUACUCCAAGCACGCGUCCACCACUUCGUGCUGCCAGUACGACCUCUGUAACGGCGCUGGCCUCGCGGCCCCUGCAACCCUGGCCCUUGUACUCCUGGCCACCCUCUGGGGUCUGCUCUAAAGCCCCGUUCCGCCCUCCACAGACUCAAGGGCAAAGUGCUCAGCAGCAAGGCCCCACCCUCUCCCCUGCACCCCCCCCCCGCCCUCCCCAGACCCACCCAGCCGCAUCCAGGAGUGUCUGCAAGAGGACUCUUGACCUCCCCCAGCCACCCUGGGGUCUGCUUCCAGGUCAUGACCUGUUGUUUUCAGAAGGCCGAUGUGGGACCACACCUCCCAAGGCAUCUGGCUUUGAUGGGGCAGCUCAGCCCCCUCCUCUAUCCAAGGAUGGGGGUGUGGGCACGGUGUGCUGUUUAUGGGGGAUCUUCAGUUGGCCGGUGAACACUGAUGUGAAGGCUGAUCUGGAGCUUGUCGUUCACAUCUCUGAGCCUCUGUUGUCUUGCUGAUAAAAUGGGGACAAUAGCGCCCACCAGGCUGGGGCGUGACUGCCCAGUCUGGGGCCUGGCACACAGAAGGCACCGGGUGGACAGAUGGAUGAACGGAUGGACAGACAGACGGAUGGUGCCCUUUCUAUCCACUUCCUGACCCUACCCAGCAUGGGCAUCGACUUCAGGCCAUGGCCCCCCUCCCUCACACGGCCUCCCGGAGAGGUCUCGUUUGCACCUCCUCGAGCUAGUGAAUAAAUGGUUGAAUACA